ACCCACUUAAAGAAACAAGGACUAAAUUAGCUGGGUUUCCCAAUACCAUAUUUCAAAAACCGCCAAUGAGAAAGCCUGAUUCAAUGGGGAUCAAGGACAGAGCACUCGUAAAUAACAAUAGCAAUACUAACAACAACAACAACAACAAUAAUAAUAAGAGCAAGCUGAGGAAGGGUUUGUGGUCGCCAGAAGAAGAUGAGAAGCUGAUGAGAUACAUGUUGAGCAAUGGACAAGGCUGCUGGAGUGAUAUUGCCAGGAAUGCUGGUCUUCAAAGGUGUGGAAAGAGUUGUCGUCUUCGUUGGAUUAAUUACUUGAGGCCCGACCUCAAGCGUGGUGCUUUUUCAUCCCAAGAAGAAGACCUUAUCGUUCAUUUGCAUUCAAUGCUUGGCAACAGGUGGUCACAGAUUGCGGCUCGUCUUCCAGGAAGAACUGACAAUGAAAUCAAGAAUUUUUGGAAUUCAACAUUGAAGAAAAGGUUGAAAAACAACAACAACAACAAUUCCACAUCCUCUCCAAAUGAUAGUAAUUACUCAUCGGAUCCCUUAGAUGUUAUUGCAUCAGGAGGUGGAAUGAUGCCCAAUAUCCAUGACCAUGACAUGAUCUCCAUGCACAUGGAUUCUUCAUGUUCAUCAUCAGCAUCCAUGCAAGCUACUACUGGUAAUUACCAGUUGGAUCCAUUCUCUUUUCUCGAUAGUCGAUAUGACCUAACCCAUGCGGACAGAUUGUUAAACACAAUUCCUUCAUGCUUGGAACAAGUUGGUGUUGGGAAUGGACUUAUAGGAGAUUAUUACAAUGGAAUUGAUCAUCAUCAAGAUCAGCCAGAGAAGAUUAUCAUGGGUUUCGAAAGAGAUCUAUGUCUUCCUCCACUGGAGAGUAGAAGCAAUAUUGAAUUAGAGAUCAACAAUAACAAUAAUAAUGGUCAAAUUGACCAAGUGAAAAGCAACAUCGACCACUUGAAUAAUAGUUGCUUCAAUAACACUGACUUCAGCUUCAAAGGAGAUCAUCAUCAUCAUCAUCAUCAUCAUCAAGGCAGCAAUAUGUUUGGGUUUGGAAAUCAUGGACAAGGAGAAAACUUAAGAAUGGGAGAAUGGGAUUUGGAGGGUUUGAUGCAAGAUAUUUCUUCUUUUCCUUUCCUUGAUUUCCAAGUUGAAUAACUGGCCUCUACUGCUAUUUUGGAUUUGGAUCCCCACUUUUUAUUUUUUCUCUCUGAAUCUUCUUUUCUUUUCUCUCCCUUCCAAAACGAUCUACCACAUCCUGUGGAAAGAGUUUUUGGCAAACCAUUUCUUUUUUUUUCUUUUUUUUUCUUCCCUCUCAAACACACCUCACGAAGUUUUUUCUUCUUCUUGCUCUCUUUCAAAAAGCUUUUUGGUUGAUUCUUUUAUUCCAUAUAUAAUUUUUUUUUUUUUUUUUUUUUUACAAAGUGGUUUUCUAUUGUUAUCAAUUAGGACAAAGAUCAAUAAUAGCAAUAUGGAGGAUAUAUAUAUAGAUAUAUACACAAAUAUAUGAUCAGGGAAUAGAAAGACAGGAAAUUGUAAUUGUUGUAUGUAACUUGAUUUGCUCUUUUUCAGGCCGUUUGGGGGCAUUUUGCAGGGAAUUGGUGGGUUGCAAAUAAUCAUCGUUCCUAGCUAUGCAUGAAGAGAAAUGUGAGUAGUAGGAGAUGAGAGUACAUAAAAAAAAAAAAAAAAAAAAAAAAUGUAGAAGAAAAAGAAGAUUAGUUUGGUGAAUAUUUUGUUUUUUCGUUUUUGUUUUUGUUUUUAUGUACAAUAUUAGAAUAAUGAGGAAGUGAAGGAAAUUGUUAUAAACACACCCUCAUGUCAUGUAAA